AUGAAUAUUACAGCCAUUCUCUUGUGUAAAGUUUCCUUUUGCUGGUUACUUUUAUAUGGAAUUUUUAUUAAAAAUAUUGUUUUUGAUGGUCAACAAACACCAAUAAAAAUAACGAAUCCAUAUCAGCAACGGUCUAUAAAAUCAAAGGACAACAAUAAUAAUAAAAACAGCAUUUAUCACAGUUCAACCGUUAAUAUCAAAAUUAUUGUUGAUAAUACUUCGAAGAGUAAAAAUAAACCAACAGCUGCAUCAUUAUCAUCAACUUCUCCAGAACAAUUAUUGACUAAGACAGCAAAUUCACACAUACAAAUAAAUUAUCCUGCGCCAAUUUCAAAUACUAUAAUAAAUGCAACCCCAGCAAAACAGUCACAGGCAACUACCCAAGUGACAAAUAUUAGUCAUUCAUCAAAUGUAAACAAUAAUAAUAUCCCAAAAAACGCAACAAUUGAAAAUAAUGAGACAACCAUUACUGUAAAUCACCCGUCAUCAAAUACAAACAGUCGGUCCACAACUCAUACCAGGCAAGCACAUAUGACUUUUUACUAA